CUUGGUUGGUAACAAAUCAUGUGGAUUAUGGUCUGUUUUGUCUUUGUAGACAAGAUGUGAAAUGGAGAAAUACUUGGCACCUCAGCUCCCGCCUGUUCCUGUCAUCCCCGAACAUAAGAAAUACAGAAGAGACAGUGCCUCGGUUGUAGACCAGUUUUUCACUGACAGCGAAGGGUUGCCUUACAGCAUCAACAUGAACGUCUUCCUCCCCGACAUUAGCCAUCUGAGAACUGGCCUGUACAAAUCUCAGCGACCCUGUGUAACCCACAUCAAGACAGAGCCGGUCACCAUCUUCAGUCACCAGAACGAAACUACUGCCCCUGCCCCUACUCCCACUCAGGCCCUCCCCGAAUUUACCAGCAUCUUCAGCUCCCACCAAACUCCUGAUGUGAACAACAUUUUCAUCAAGCAGGAGCUUCCAACUCCAGAUGUUCAUCUUUCUGUCACACCCCAGCAAGGCCAGCUGUAUCAGCUCUUGAGCUCACCGGAUUUAGAUAUGCCCAACACUACUACUCAGGCAGCCGUGAUGGACUCCCUAAACAAUGUCUCCAUGCCAUCUGCCAUGGCGGGCCUUAACACGCUCUCCUCGGCUGUUCCACAGACUGCAAUGAAACAGUUCCAGGGUAUCCCCCCCUGUAGCUACACCAUGCCAAACCAGUUUCUGCAGCAGCAGGCCACUUACUUCCCUCCUUCGCCCCCAAGCUCAGAGCCUGGAAGUCCAGACAGACAAGCAGAGAUGCUGCAGAAUUUAACCCCCCCUCCAUCAUAUGCCGCAACUAUAGCUUCUAAGCUGGCGAUUCACAAUCCAAACUUACCAGCGACUCUGCCCAUAACCCCCCAGAACAUCCAACCAGUCAGAUACAACAGGAGAAGUAACCCAGAUUUGGAGAAAAGACGUAUCCACUACUGUGACUAUCCUGGCUGCACAAAAGUUUAUACAAAGUCUUCUCACUUAAAAGCACACCUGAGAACUCACACAGGUGAGAAACCAUACAAGUGCACAUGGGAAGGCUGCGACUGGAGAUUCGCUCGCUCGGAUGAACUAACGCGCCACUACAGGAAGCACACGGGGGCAAAGCCCUUCCAGUGCGCCGUCUGCAAUCGCAGCUUCUCCCGCUCCGAUCACCUGGCUCUCCACAUGAAGAGGCAUCAGAACUAAAACCCGGACUUGUCACUGAGGCUGUUUUGUAUCUAUGCAAUUUCCUAUUGACUCUCAACAUACAACUGAAAUUAGUUUAAUUUUUGAGUAUGGGUUAUCCAUUUAAAAGAAAUCUCAAAAGAAACUGGAAAUGUAUAUUUUGUAUAUUUAUGCGGGAAAAGGGAAGACACUGUAUCACAAUACCGGAGUGUUUGGUCAUUUGUUUGCUUUCAUAAUGUAUAUGGCUUUAGUCAGCAGGUUCAUCUCUUUACAAGUAUUAUAUCUCAACACAUUGCAGCUUCAUACAUAUUUUUUCCUCUUGCGGUGUUUUGACCAAAGCACUGUCAUUAUGGUGACAGUGUUUGGUAAACAAAUUAAUGAGAGGAUGCAGAUGAAUGCACACAGUGGAAAAGCCAUAAACUGUAAUCUGUCAGGUUUUUACUGGACAUAUUAAGUACAUGUGUUUUGUGGUUUUUUUUUUAAUGUUAAGGAGUUCUGUGGAUAUAAAAUACAUAGAAAAAUUCAUAAAAAGCCAUAGAACAAAAUACUUUGUUCUGUGUGUUGCAUGUUUGCUAUGACAAAGAUUUUGUAAAUAUGCAGAUCAGCUUUUUUAGGUUUAUUACAAAAGUUUUCUAAGAAACAUCUG